CUUUGCAUAACAUGUGUCAACAAGAUGCCACUUUUAAAAUAAUGCUAACAUUGUUUUUUAAGUUCAACGUAAAACUUUAAAUUUGUGGUAAAAAUACAGUAAAUAGAUGUUUCCGUAAUUUACAGAUAUUUCUGGCAACCACAGCUGACAGGUUUUUUUGGAAGGCAACUUUUUUUCCCACGAGUUCUCUUGUUUGAUACUGCAGUAUAAAUCAAAUUUCAAUCAAAUAAUAACAAUGUAAUGAGAAAUUGAAAAAUAAAAUAAAAAUUUGAAACUAAACAGUCAAAAUCCAGACGCAUCAUGAAAAUGACAUCUACAAGAAGAAAAUGCGCCUGAAUUAAUGUUUGUAUAAGAACUAAACCAAAUUUCAAGUCCGAGUUUAUGCUAACAACAUAAAAAUGUGAGAAUAUUAUUAAUGAGAUUCAUCCAUAACCAUACAAACAGAAGUGUUCUUGGUGAUAAAACACAAUAGAUAUGCAGAAAGUCAGUAAACAGUAAACAGUGUAGUCCUCUCCCUCUCCUGAACUUGUUUGUGUGUUAUCUGCUGGACAAACACUCUCUUAACUCUGACGGCUUAUUUCUGUGUUCCUCUGUGUUUUAUUACACAUGUGCUCAAGGUUCAAAGAUCGCUCUGUCCAUGCGUUCUGGUGGUGGGUCUGCGGGUAUAAAAGCAGAGGCGGCGUGUGCAGAGUCAAUCAUUCUUCAGCAAGCAUUUGAAUAAACCUUGAAAAAUAUGGACGGUGUGAUGGACACGCUGCACGGGUUCGGGGUGAGCAGCACACACUACCUGCAAAACCAUUACAAAGACGCCCAGGGCUGGUUUCUCUUCGUCUCCUUCGCAGCGGAUCUGAGGAACACCUUCUUCAUCUUCUUUCCCAUCUGGUUCCACCUGAAAGAAUCCGUGGGCAUCAAGCUCAUAUGGGUGGCGGUUAUUGGAGACUGGCUCAAUCUGGUAUUCAAAUGGAUCUUGUUUGGAGAACGUCCAUACUGGUGGGUCCAAGAGGCUUCUUACUACACAAACAGCUCUGCACCUCACAUUGAGCAGUAUCCCAUGACCUGUGAGACCGGCCCAGGUAGUCCAUCAGGUCACGCUAUGGGUGCUGCUUGUGUUUACUACACGCUGGUCACGUCCAUCCUGACCAUAAUGCUGAGCAAACAGAAGAAAUCCUCAUCUAAGAGCCUGUACUUGCGUGCUUCGCUCUGGACGAUGUUCUGGACGGUGCAGGUCUGUGUGUGUCUCUCACGAGUCUUCAUCGCAGCUCAUUUUCCACAUCAGGUCAUCGCCGGUGUCAUUUCAGGCAUGAUCGUGGCGGAGGCCUUUAACAGACAGCAGUGGAUCUACAGCGCCAGUCUGAAGAAUUAUUUCAACAUGACUCUGUUCCUGCUCUCUUUCGCCUUGGGCUUCUACGUGCUGCUGAAGGUUCUGGGUGUGGAUCUGCUCUGGACGCUGGAGAAAGCUCAGAAGUGGUGCGUCAAUCCAGCCUGGGUCCACAUGGACUCCACACCGUUCGCCAGUCUCCUGAGAAACAUGGGCACGCUGUUCGGUCUGGGGCUCGGCCUUCACUCUCCGCUCUACACCGAGAGCAAGAAGAGCACCAGCGCCGGCAUCAGGACGGCCUGUAUCGCCGCCUCUCUGUUCCUGCUUCACCUGUUCGACUCCAUCAAACCUCCCACACACACGGCCGCUCUCUUCUACCUCCUGUCGUUCUGCAAAAGUGCAACCGUCCCUCUGGCCACCGUCAGCAUCAUCCCAUACUGCGUGUCUGGAGCUCUUGCUUCACAGAGCAAAAAACACCUGUGAAAGACUGAAACACAUACAGCAACACUGUGCGUCUGUUGUUGUGUAAGACUUGUGUAAGAGUCUUUUAGGAUUUUUAUAUGUUAGAUCCUUUGGGUCUAAAUGAGGUUUUGUAUUUGA